GGUCACAAUGAAGUGAGUAGCACAAUGACAAUGUUUAUUCAAAACCAGCUGCACUGGAUACAGCCAAACGAAGACAAAGAUCAGUCAAGAACGUCAUCUGAAGAGCCUCUAAUGUCGAGAGUUGGAAACCUCUUGAAUGCUAAGCUCAACAAAAUGUGCAACCCGUAUAACGACACAGAAAGGCCGAAUGGUUUUGUAGACCUUUUUCUCUUUGCCAUACUAUUUAACCGUCAACGGCUGGGAGAACUCAUGUGGAGACAUUGUCAAGACAAACUUGGCACAGCAUUGGUUGCAUGUUCAAUCCUGAAAGCAUUUGCAAACACAGCGGGAUGUUACCUGGAAUCAGAACUGUCAACGGAUCUCAUGAAUCAUGCCAGGGAUUAUGAACGAAAAGCGAUUGGUGUGCUCACAGAAUGUUACAAAAAAGACAAGACGAAGGCCCACGAUAUAUUGAUAAAAACACUCGAGAAACCGUUUGAUACAAUAAGACCGUUAGAGUUGGCGAACAGAUAUCAACUCAAGGAGUUCAUGGGGCACGAUUGUUGUCAGACGAAACUCAACAUCAUUUGGAGAGGAAAGAUUACAGGUCAUAUGCGCUGGUGGAAGAUCCUCCUGGCGCUUUUCAUGCCAUUGUUUUUCAUAUUUUGGAUCAAGUUCACCACAAAUGAACCUCGGCCAGUGUGCUGCAAGAAACACAAAAAGGAACAGAAAAAUGAACCUGAACGGAGCACAAAAAUGUCGUAUAAGACGCAGUUUUAUUCUGUUGGUAUUCCCUGCAAGAACCAUCAUGGAAUUAUACGCAUUACUGAUGCCAUAUAUUAUUUGUACACAGCGCCUUUUUCAGUGUACACUUUUAACAUGGUGUCCUAUAUGAUUUUCAUGGUAUACUUCUCUUACUUCAUCAUCGUCGACCUGAAUGAGGCAACUUCCUUCAAGGAGUACAUAAUCUGGGGCUGGGCCCUCACCCUAUUAUUUGAGGAAUUGAGAGAGUGUUUUUUUUUCAUGGUGAAUAAAAAGCCUAGAUGCUGCGGUCAAAGUCGUGUAGGAGAUAAAAUACGAAGUUGGCUUGGAUCACACUGGAAUAAGUUUGACCUGCUCAUAAACAUUAUUUUUAUGACGACUAUUGCGAUGAGAUUUACGCUUUCAGGAAAUGACUUUCAGUAUGUCCGCUUCUUAUACAGCGUCACCGUGGGACUGUACUCCAUGCGGUUUCUACAUAUAUUUCUUGUUACCGAAAACAUUGGUCCAAAACUUGUUAUGAUCAGGAAAAUGGUGGCCGACUUGACUUAUUUUUUAGGGAUCUUCAUAGUCUUUUUUGUCAGCUUUUGUGUUAUGUACCAAGCCAACAUGUACCCAAACUCUUCACCAAACACUCCUUUCCUCUGGGAAAACUUCUUUUAUACACCAUAUUGGCAGAUCUUUGGGGAGCUCUUUCUGGACCAUUUUAUUCCAGGGCAUCAGUCUGAAGAUUGCGAUCCAAUUGCGAAAUCAGCAGACGGUAGAAAACGUUGUCCAGAAGCCAACCGCCUGGUUAUAUUUAUUGCUGCAAUUUAUAUAACUUUGACUCACAUACUUCUCAUAAAUUUGCUGAUUGCAAUAUUCAGCCACACAUUCGCAAGUGUUCAAGAGAAGUCAGGCCAAAUCUGGAAGUACUACUGGUACGGAAUUGUACUUGAUUAUUACAAUAGAACCGUGCUUUGUCCACCGUUGAUAAUUCUGGGUCAAAUUUAUCGUUUAUCCCGCUAUGUGGUGGCUCUUUGUGGAGGUUUCGAGUACGAUAGCGAAUUUCGACUGAAUGACGAAGAAGGGUCUUACAGUAAACAUUUGCUGAAAUUUGCUGAUACUGCAGCUAAACGGUAUCUUCAACAGAACAAUAACGCAAAAACAUAAGAAUUUGAAAUGAUAAAAUCACGCGAAGGAAUUAAAUACACGAACUUGAAGCAAUAAUAUAAACGAACGUGAAGUAAUGAUAUAAAGAAAUGUGAAGCAAUUACAUACAAUUCUAACAAAAAUGAUACUCCAGCUGCAACAGCAGGAGAGAAACUUUAUUAUAGCACAUAGUAUUUUAUUUAUAGAAAUUAUCAAUUUGCACGAUAGUACGACAAAGCACACUCGCAAAGCACUAAUAUAUAGUUAGUUUUUGUAUUAUUAUAACAUCUUCAUCACUUUAUUUAGCCACUCUGUGUGUUGUACAUGUAUAUAUAAACAAAAAUCGUGAUUAGUAAUAGUGCAUAGGUGUUCUCUUUGUUACUUAAAGGCUCAUAAAAGGUGACAAAUCCAAGUAUUAUGCAUAUAAACUGGUCUAAUGUUUACCGGAUUUCAGUUACUUUUGCAUGAAAAAUGAUAAUAACACAGAUUAGGUGUAACGUUGUCAAGAAUAAUGGAAGAUAUACCCGAUUCAUAUUUGGAAGACAUGUUUACAUUUACGUGUUGUGAAGCCUCAAAGCGGUGACUUAUGCUAAAAUAGUCAAAAGAAAAAUCAUUUUUAAUUGUAUUUUAAACAACUGUUUACCAGCAAAAAUUAAUUUAUUAGAUCACUACACACGUUUAAACCAUUUAGAAGAGACCUACUUUGUGAGUGAUAACGGAAAACGUUGGAAAUCAACGAUAUAUUUUUGGUGACCUGAGUAACAUGAACGCUUGCUCUAUCCCGAGUAAAGAUAUUUAUUUAUUGUUUUUAUUAUAACCUUUAUAAAUAAAAUAUGCAAACAAUAUUUAAGAAUCUGUAAUAAUUACGGAUCGUCGACUUUUAUGGGCCUUAAAACAAAGAAUGGCAAUGCUUUGGAAUCACAUAUCAUAAUGCGAUUAAUUGUGUACAUGGUGUGUUAUGUAGUGAAUAUGCAAUUAAUCUUGAUCUUAAAUUCUGUCCAAGUGAACGUUUAAAGAAAAUUUCUAUCCUUGUAUUGUAAGUGUAGUUUUUAGUUAUUAUUCGUAUAUACUAUAGAUACAAGUAUUUUAACAGGGUGUACUAGGAUUUAUUUUUAACAUGAUUCAUGUUUCUGUUAGGAAAUAUUGUGAUUGGAUUUUAAUUUAUGUGUUUUUUCAUGCUUCUAUAUCGUAUAUCAAAUAUAUAACGUAUGAAUAUUUGUUGGCAAAUCGUCAGUGUAAAAUUAUCCCAAAUUUGAACACAGUUUCAUAUUUUGACUUAUUCUCGAAAAUCAGAUACUUUCCACCAAUAUUAUUAACAUAUCAUAUUUGUAUAAUAUUGUUUUGAUAAAUCCAAUCGCUCAUUGAUUGAUCCAACAAGGUUCAAACUUUUUCAUAACUGACUUCUAAUUAUAGCAUGACAUAACAGAAACUACUAUUCUUGCAUAAAAUAGACAUGUAUUCUGAACCACGAUAAUUCAAAAUUAUAAUAAACAAAAAAGUUCUUUAGUUAGCUUGUCGGCGUUGAAAUAUUGAUGUUAUUUCUUUCCAAAAUAUACACCAACACGACACAGAUGUUUUCCUUCUCAAACAUGCUAUUUUUCGAAGACCAUGGCCGUUAUUUUAUUUGAGACUUAUAACUUAAUCAUUAUUAAUACCUAUGCCGUGAAUAAUGUAAUCAUGCACACCCUCUCAGUUAUAUAUGAUCCUGCCAAUGUUUUACUAUCAAUUUGUACACACAUCACGGAUCAGUCAAUUACCCCUCAUAAUCCAGAAUGCUUCAUCUAUCGAUGGUUGAUUUAACAGGUCUUUUACUGGCCAAGAAAGAGAAGCAACGGAGGGAAACAACUGAUACAGGAGUUUGAAGGUCUGAAAAUUGCUGUCGUUAAUAAUUUAUGAAAAACAAAUAAUGUUGGAAGCAACUAGAGAGGUGAUGUUGAUAACCGUCCUUUUCUAAGUCCAAUAUAAAGAAGUGAAACUCCAGCUGCUGGAGCAGUAUCGAAUUGUCUAACCCUACAAGACUUUGUUAAAAAUAAAUGGAAUGAAACUGAUAAUUCAUCUGUAUGUCAUAUAGGUUGACUCAUACACAACAUAGUGGGUCUAUAUCUUAAAUCUAUUUGAAAAAGGUCGAAAAAUGAAAUGCCGAACGGACGGACCGACAGUCCGACUGCAAUAUGCCAUCUACUGGGAGCAUACAACUCAGCUCUAUAUUUAAAUGAGUUGCGUAAAAAACCUCCGGAAAACGGAUAAUAUAGAUACAUAAAUUCAAAACAAAUCACGGAGUUGUAGACGAUUGUGAUGGUUUAUCUGUGUUUAUGAUGGUGAAAGUGAAAAUGUAAAGUAGAUGAUAAACAUUUUGUAAGGAAUUAAUUUUGAAAUUUUAGAGAAGUUUUGAA